AUGUCCAAAGUUAAAAAGCAUGUGAGCAUCAUCACCAGUAUCAUGGUAUGGAAUAGCCUUGUUCUUGGAGAUUUUGAACUGGAGCAAUUUGGAAAGCUGAGCAUGGGCAACGAAAUGGACGAAGAUAACUUUAGGAAAGAUACAUGGCAAGAUGAGGGUCAUGCGGAAGAUGUAAAAGGGAAAACUCAAACAACUACAGCAGAUGAAGCCAAAGAUGAAGAUACUCAAGAGAAAGCUAGAGGGUUUGCUUCUAACCAUACAACAAGAGUGCUUGAAAAUGAUUCAAUGGAAAGAGAUAAUCAUGGUAGUGAGGUAAAUAUUGAAAAUCAAACGCCUCUAACAGCUGAAGCUGUAAGUGUUCAGGAGAAAGCUACAACAUUGGUUUCUGAAUAUACUGUUGACUAUACAUGA